GUUUAAUUCCUCUUAUUUCACAACUUCACCACCCGUAUUGAAGUACGGCUUGGUUGAAAUUCCACAUUUGUUUCCAUAACCCCACGACCUUGUCAAGAUGAUCAUUAGUGACGUAGUGGCCUACAAUACGGCCGUCUUCGUCAGCACCCUCUUCCUCCUCGAGGCCGGCGCCGACAAGUUCGUCGACCACACGGCCAUCGUUGCUCGGCGCACCGGCAUCCCGGACACUCUUAUCGCGCUAAUCACCGCCGGCGCCGAGUGGGAAGAACUCGCUGUGGUCGUCAGCGCCCUGGCGCAAGGCCGCGCCUCGCUCGCCCUCGGCAACAUUGUCGGCUCAGCCAUCUCCAACAUCCUCGGCGCCUUUUCGCUGGGUCUCCUUUUCCGCAAGCAAGGAGACGCGGUGGAUUUUGAUCGCAGCGCUCGCAUCUACUCGCUGCUGUUGCUCGGCGUGACGACUGCCAUCAUCCCCGUCACGUACUUGCCGCGUGAGCUCCUUUGGCGAGUCACUGGUAUCGUAUUGAUUGUGGCAUUUGUCAUCUAUCUCCUCUCUAUAGGAUGGGCAAUCAGCCGAGGAACGCUUGUUGCACCGGAAGGUUCAGACAGCGAUAGCUCCAGCGAUGAAGAUGACACGUCGUCCAUAUCUUCGGACUCCUCCAUCUCUUCUCGAGGAAACAGCCGCGCUGCAGCAUCGCAACCUGAACCACAAAUGAACGGCACCGACGGCGAGCAACAGCCCCUCCUCCGUUCCUCGGAACGGUUUCUGCGCCACCGCCGCGGGUUAAACUACCACAUCGCCUACCUCUUCGCCGGCUUCCUCGCCAUCUGCCUAUCAGGCUACAUCCUCUCCCACGCAGCGACCAACAUUGCCGACGCCCUCGGCGCUUCAGAGGUCCUCUUCGGCAUCGUCGUACUCGCCAUCGGCACAACCCUGCCGGAGAAGUUCAUCGCCGUGCUCAGUGGCCGGCGCGGGCACGGCGGCAUCUUGGUUGCUAACACGGUGGGCAGCAACAUCUUCUUGCUGACGCUGUGCCUGGGUAUCGUCAUGCUGGGUACGGAGGGGGCGCUGGGGAGCGCGGGGAGUGUCUCGGUUGCUGAGUUGGCUGUGCUUUGGGGUAGUACUGCUUUGUUUACGGGGUCGAUGUGGGUGAGUGGGAGUGUUCAGCGGGUGUUGGGUGGUAUUAUGCUGAUUGGAUAUGUUGGGUUUAUCGUUGUGGAGCUCACUGUGUUGCGUAAAUCGGUGAACUCAUAAGAUAAUCAUGUGUAGAGUCGUCUGUAUGUAGAGUUGUCUCGUGAUGGUACUGUGGGAUGAUUGUAUUCUCUUUUUUUUGUCUGAAUCACGGCGAAAUCUCAGGAGGGUUCUUCGGAAGUCAUCUUUCAGAGACAACUGUAUCAACCAUUUCACCCAAGCUGUGUCUUCAUUCAUAGAACAGCGGAGAUAGAAUCACCUCUCUCUGAACCAGCUAUAACUCAAUACUAGCAACGAGUUGCUUCACCAUCUGGGUACCCAAGGUGACAACCCAUUUGGCCG